AUGUGCACAGACCCUGAAUCCAAGCAAGGAGUUCCUAUGUGCACAGACCCUGAAUCCAGGCAAGGAGUCUCCAUGUGCACAGACCCUGAAUCCAAGCAAGGAGUCCCCAUGUAUACAGACCCUGAAUUUAAGCAAGGAGUCCCCAUGUAUACAGAUCCUGAAUUUAAGCAAGGAGUCCCCAUGUGUAUAGAUUCUAAAUCCAAGCAAGGAAUUCCCAUUUAUAUAGAUCCUGAAUCCAAGCAAGGAGUUCCCAUGUGCACAGACCCUGAAAUCAAGCAAAAAUUACCUCCAGGGGCAGACCCUGAAUUUAAGCUAGAAGCACCCAUGUGUACAAACCCUGUAAUUAAAGAAGACCUCGUGAAUAUGGAGCCUGAAGUCAAACAAGUAACCCUGGUUUCAGACGCUGACAUACUAAAGGUUGCUAGAGCACAUCACGUCCAGGCCGAGAGCUACCUGGUGUACAACGUCAUGAGCAGCGGGGAGAUUGAAUGCAGUAACACGCUGGAGGACGCCCUCGACCAAGCCCUGCCCAGCCAGGCUUUCGUCUACCGCCCGGUGCGGCAGCGCGUUUACUCCCUCCUGCUGGGGGACGGCGGAGAUGGCGCCGGCACCUGCCCCACCGUCAAGGAGUGGUUCGUGUACUCUGGGAACCCACUGAGGCACCCGGACCUCGUCAGGCCUCUGCAGAUGAACAUUCCAGGAGGAACACCUAAUUUGAAAUUACUGUGGCUGAACCAAGAGCCAGGGACACAAGCCCGGCGCGUGGAGGCCCUGCUUGGCUGUUUCGACCUUUCGUCGUCCAGAGAAGAGCUGCAGGCGGUUGAGAACCCCUUUAGGGCGCUGUGCUGCCUGCUGACCUACCUGUUCGUGCAGGUGGACACUCUUUGCCUGGAGGAUCUGCAUGCUUUCAUUGCUCAGGCCUUGUGCCUCCAAGGAAAGUCCACGGCGCAGCUCGUCGACCUACAGCUCGACUACAUCGACUCCCGAGCAGUGCAGCUGGGCUCCCUGCUGGUGCGCGGCCUCACCACCCUGGUCCUGGUCAACAGCGCGUGCGGCUUCCCCUGGAGGACGAGUGACUUCAUGCCCUGGAACGUAUUCGACGGGAAGCUCUUUCAUCAGAAGUACCUGCAGUCGGAGAAGGGGUACGCGGCGGAGGCUCUCGUGGAGCACAACAGGUCCCGGCUCACCAGGUUCCACGCGCUCAAGUCGGUCGUGUGCAAGGCGUGCGCGAAGGAGAACAGGCGCAUCGUGAGCCGGCAGCACUGGCGCUCGCACCAGCCAGGCCGCUGGGGGAGGCAGGGAUCUGGCUCCCACAGGACGAGCUCUGGCUGCAGCCGGGCAGACCCAGGACAGCACUGGAGGGACUCGGGACCAGGAAGUAGACAGUAUGAGCCUGACCCCUGGAGAAGAUACUCCUCCUCCUCUGGGUGGUCCAACUGACGCCCGCCUGCGGGAGGAGGACGGACGCUCGGGCCGGAGAGAGACCCUUCCGAAGCGUGGACGCUGAGCAUCGAGCCAGUGACCUUGCUUACCUACAGCCAAGACUCCGAAUGAGAGAGCGCCGUACCUUACACUAACGGGCGCUCGGCACGGGCGUGGUGGGUCUGCACGGGCCUCCGCGGGGCCGUGGGCACAGCAGCGGGGCAGGGACGGCCCCGGAAAGCAGGCCGCCAGGCGGAGCCCAGGGCAAGCAAGACGGCUCCUGCCCUGCCCUGACGCACGGCUGUGCAGACCAUCCCACCUUCUGACCGUCAGCCAACGUGGACACCGCAGAGAGCGAGAAACGAUGGCCCAGUGUCAGCCGGGCCGCGGCAGCUCCCGGGGGCCGCAGCCUGGCGUGGGCUUGCCCGCCUGCCCUCAGACCCCGUGUCUUCAAGCCGCUGCCCUUGUGUCCCUUGCGCGAGUUUUAGCAAGUUAUUUUCUGGGCGGUCCAGGCCCCUUAGGAAAGUUCUCAGGGCUAUCGGGGCGCAGCAUAGGGGCCUGUUCCUCAUUCAGGUGGCUCGGAAGUGCCGCCUGGGGAACGGGCACGACGGGUGGCGUACUGUUUGUGCCAGGGACGGAGCGAGAUCUGGAGCAAGCGGCGCGGGCCCGGUGGCUCGUGCAGGACUGGGACGCGCGGCCCCGUCUCCUGUGCUCGCUUCUGCGCACAAUGGAGGUGGCCACCGUGGGGACAGUGGCCUCGGCUCUGCUCUCCUUUUGUGUUGAUGCUGACCCUUGACUCGCGCUUAUGGUCUCUGCCACGUAUUCGUGGCUCGUCUGCUGCGGCCGCGACUGUGGAGACCCGCUCCUUUGUCCUACCCUCCGCUUGCACCUCCGCCAGCGUCCUGCCCCGGGAGAGGCCUCCGGCGGCCCGCGAAGACCAGCCCCCGCUCCCUGGGCCCGGCACCAGGGUCUCCACGUAGGGGCCUCGCUGAGUCCCCCGGGAACCCGAGUCGCCGCCGCUGCUCCUGCACGGCUCCGUAGCUGCCCGCACGUGCGUCAGGCUCCUCAGUGCAGCUUUCAUCCCCCGAUGUCCUGUAAAUAAAAUGGAAGUAGAUGAUGAA